AUGCGCAAACACGGCGCUCAUCAGGUCUCAGACAAUCUCGGCGCCAGGGCUGCACAAUACCCUCAAUAUGGCCCCGGGGCCAACAGGCGUGGCAGGGUGCCCGCCCAGAAAUUGAUUAAACUGAGAUGCAAGACACCUGAGAGUGUUCAGAUGGAUCCGAGAAAGGAUGCAUGCAACCGUAAUCCAACAAACAAAGCCGCCGCAUACGUUCUGCGUGCCAAUUUUACCGGAACAGGACCUGGGAUCGUUUUCUGUCCGGAUUUCUGGAACAACAAUUUCCCUUACCUGAAUGAUGUCACCGUCAAUGGAAUGCAAGGGAGCAAAAGCAUACAGCAGCUGCCUCUACUCUCACGCACAAAGGAGCACAUACUCCUCCACGAGUACUUCCAUGUCGAUGAAUUUGGCUACUGGAGGGAGGAGAGUUCAAUCCGCGAGUUGAUCAUUGAUCGCGCCUAUGGAGCAAUCAAUGCUCCUCGACUGGCAUGGCAGUAUAUGCCUAAAACUAUCAACACGGAUGUUCUGACCAAUGGUAUGUGUAAAUACUCUCGUGUCUCGCCCUCUGGCCGACCAGAAACUCCAAUAUGCUCGUCCUAA